AUGGAGAUAAUCGCAGCCGGUGUGAACAGACAACUUGCGCCUCUCAUACCUGAGUUGUGUAAAGCACUCUUUGAAAAGAGAAAGAAAACAGCUAGCCAAACGCCCUCUGGUGCAUCUAGCAAAGAUUCGGACAAGGUUGACAGGAACUCAGCGGUGGUGAAUGCGGUGCGCAAGAGAGACAAGGCGUGUCGAGUGUCUGGAAUCCCAGCAGUUGACCGGAAACGCGGCCGCAAUUUUACUGAAUUUCAUGUUGCACAUGUCAUACCUCUCUUCGCCACAGGGAUGAUAGUCAACAGCCCGCUGGGUACACAGCUUUCAAUCACUAGUCCCACAGACAUUGACGUGCCCACGAACGCGAUGCUGAUGAGAGCUGAUAUCCACGCUCUCUUCGACGAUUAUCAAUUUGGGAUCGAUGCCAUGACUUCAAUGUUGUACCGCUUUGAAAAGAGUGGUGCACCUUUCCUGGAAGGCCGGCACACAAUGGCCAUUCCUUUGGGAACCACUGGCUUGGCCGCCGAGCCUGAAGUGAGGAGGGAAUACCUCAGAGAUCACUUCAGAACCUGUCUGCUUUGGCACUUCAAAGGUGGAGGACAGAAGGCUCGACCGAAUCCCACUAUCGUGAGUUAA